AAACAAUUUAUUCAGUCGGCGGUUAGAUAUCAAACUCACCGGUCGAGUUGCCAGCAUAAUGAAGCUUCAGUUUAUCGGUCUGAUUUUGGCGAUCGUGAUUCUGAGAGAGAUUCGGGCACGUGAGCCGGUUGCCCCCAUUCCAGAUGUGGGUCAGGUAAUCAAAGAUCUCGAUGGACUGCACAUUGAUGGAACAACUUUUGAGCAAGGUGCUCCCUGCAGAGUGAAUGUGCAAAGGGAUCUGCCUCGUUCCGACCAAGUGCAGCCGCUGUACCUGCGCCCUGGGACGGAUCUCUACUGGCUGCCCAAUGCCGAUGGCCACCUGGAGGUUAACCGCGGCGCCAGCAUCGAGCUGCACUGCAGCCAUCCUUUCGCGCCCGCGAAUGGAGAGUCCUUGGAUGCGAAGCUGCGCUCCAUUCGGGUGAAGUGUGUGCAGGACACCACCUUCGAGUGGCUGGGGGCCAAAAUCCAAUUCAGCGACUUUGUCUGCAGUCACUCUAUGUCCUACACCGUGGAGCGAUUGGACAGGAGUUGUGGCAACGACACUACGAGUCCAUCCACCUCGUACUUGUAUCGCGUGGGCUAUGACACCGGAGAUGGCAGAUUUGUGGUCACCAUGGAGCUGUGCCACGACCCAAAGCACCUGCGCACCCACUACGCCCACCAUCAACUGACACCGGCGAGUGUGCACUUCCAGAAAAAUGUGAAACGCCUGAAGUUUAGCACCGCCGGCCAUUUCACGGGCUUUGACAUGGCCAGAAUUUAUUCGCACAAAAGCCAGGAGAAACUGAUGGUGCCCGGCCUCAUUGACGUGAAGAGUGGUCUGUUCCUGGCCCGCGGACACCUGACGGCCAAAGCGGAUCUAAUCUAUGCCAGUCAGCAGAGGAGCAGCUUCAACUACAUGAACGUGGCGCCCCAGUGGCAGAGCUUCAAUGGUGGCCAGUGGGCCGACCUGGAGGACUCCACCCGACGCUAUGUGGCCCGUUCGGGCAUCGUGGCCAGUGUGUAUACGGGCAUCUAUGGCGAAAUGAAGUUGGCUGGCAGCAAAGUCCUCCACCUGACCACCAAUGCCAAUAACACUGGUGUGGUGGCCGUGCCCCAGCUCUUCUAUCGCGUCCUCAUCGAUGUGGGACAUCCGACCCGCGGAAUCGCUUUGGUGGGUGUCAACAACCCACAUGCCACUCUGGCCCAGAUCCACGAGUCCUAUAUCAUCUGCGAUCCCGUGGAGGACCAGGUGCAUUGGCUUAGCUGGCUGCACAAAAGCAACGCCAAGGGUAACCUGAAGAAGGGCUAUCUGUAUGCCUGUUCGGUGGCGGAUUUGGCCCGGGCUGUCGGACAUUUGCCACGCCCCCUUCUCGAGGUGGAUGAGCUGCUCACUUAGAUGUGGGCGGUGGCGGUUCGAUUACCCAUACGUUUGAGUGGGUGCAAUAAAGACUGAGUGCGUUGUGCGACACAAUAGCAGUUUGGUGUUAAUGAAAAUAAAUUCAUAUUACUGAGGUUUUAACCACUGAGGUUUAAAACAAAUGCGCAACCCCUUGAAAUACGAUAUAUCCGAAAUGCAUUUGUACAUUAAUAUACACAAAAUAGUUUUGGAGUAGGUUUCCACUUGCAUGUUAAAAUAUGGCACUGUUUCCUAAAAAUUUCUUUAAUUUAGCUCAGGGAAUUUAAAUAAAUCUUUAAGAAAACGUCUUCAGAUUUUGUUAGCCUAACAAGCUAAUUUCCAUGAAGGAGUCGUCCUUGCCCAUUCCUUUAACAGCCAUAUGUGCCAGUUUCGUGUGUGUGUGUUCAGAUUAUUAACGCUCGUGUGGGCUUCACGCCAUCAAAAUCAAAUGGGACAUCGUGUGUGGUCAUGUCGGGGGCGGGGCCACGCCCACGUGGGGGAAAGGCCAUACCCUCGUUAUGCGAUUGCCUUGUUGGCGAGGGCGCAAAAUCGCUGGAAGAAAUGGGGAUAUCAAAUACGGCUCGGCUGCAUUACCUUCAUGUCGUUCACAAAACACAAUUUGUUCCACAACAUUGAUUUAAUCCUUUUUCUUCUGGGCCACGCAUACACACACACACACACACACACACGGGAAUACAAACAACGAAACGCACAUAAAAUGGCUGUCGUGAAGAAUUUUCUUAAAUUUUCCGCUGGCUUUUUCAUGGCAUUUCCCGUCGUUGAGCUGUGUCCUUGGCAUUAUCAUGAAUAUUUGCCCCCUCCAUUCAGUGCUUUCGAUACAUUUCCAUUUGCUGAUUUGAAGCGCACUUUCCACUUCUCCACUCGCCAGCACCCCACCGCUUUUCCGUUUUUCCGAUUUUCCGUUUUCCGCUCGCUUAGCUCGGUGUCGGUGUGUUCGGGUUUGGAAAGGGGCAAGCCGAAAUUAUGUUUUUAUGCUAGCUUGUGCGGUAAGCAAUAUUUGCUCAAGUAUCCCAUACAGACUGUUGGACAGUAAUCAUCAAAUGGGGCACACGGAGUUUGGAAAUUUCUGGUUGGGGUUUCAAGAAAACGGGGCGGAAAAAUUAAUGAGAAGUAUCGCAUGCCUGAGGGCUUAAUAACAGCAUAUUAGAUUAGCCUGUUGGAUUUAAUAUAAUGUAAUUAAAAUGUUUAGCUCUGUUGGUUUUAAUGUAAUAUUAUGUAACUAAAAAGAUAUCACAAGUCGUUUUUGAACAGAUAGUUCAGCACAAAAUCAAAUGACAUGAAAAGUCUAUAUAAUUAAACCGAACUCUGAAACAAGCUCCUGUGACAUAAAUUAAAAUGAGUUUGUAAAAACUCAUACAACAAAAGUUUUCAUAAUCUGUGGAAUGAAAAUAAAUUGAAAUAUCAACGAAAUACGUAAAAAAAGUAACCAAUUAAAAACUGAUUUCUAUGCAAAUGAAUUCCCCCUACCAGAAACAAUAAAACUUUCAACUUGGCUCACAUUCCCUGGAAA